CUGCGGCCACACUGUGCACAACAACAACGAAUGCCAAUAAUAAUACUUCAUUCUACAACAUAAUAAUAAUAAAUAAGAGUACAUAUAUAAAAAGUGUUUGUUCAAAUGGAUUAUGUUUAUUGUGGCGGUGCCGAUCAAAUCGGAGGUUCUGAUGAUAUUUUAAGUGUUUACGAUACUGGACCACCGCGUAGCUCCGAGCACUAUUCUCCAAGUUUUAACGGUUUCAAUAUUGGCUCCACCGAUGCAGACUAUGUCGCUAGCCCAAUUCCAAUUCUUGCUGACGGUGGUGAAAAUUUUGGCGUUUCAACCGUGGCGUUUGAUGAUUACGAAGAACUGCUUUGGAUGGGCAAUCAAGGUGGCCAUGUCACCUCGUAUUAUACCAGCUCCUUGCAAAAAUAUACAUCAUUCCAAGUGCACGCCAGCGACAUUGUGAGACAAAUCAUCACAAUCGAUUCGGGAGUUUUAGUAUUAACGCAGACCUCGCUGCGUCACCAGAUCCGUCGAGGACUUCCAAAGUUUACCCACAAGUCCAACAAUAUGGUGGAAAUGGUUUCCAUGCUGCAGUUAUCGCCACAUCGUCUGGUCAUGGCUGGUUUGCAGGAGGAAUUAAUUGACUUUGAUAUGGGCAGCCUGAAGGAAACGAGGCUGGAACAUGUCGGCGCCGCUGGGUGUACAGUGCUGCGCAAGAAUUCGCGUUAUUUAUUUGCAGGUGAUCAAUUUGGAACAGUCACCUUAAGAGAUUUAAAUACUCUGAACGUGGAGCACACAAUCAAAACACAUACCAGCAGCUUGUCCGACUUUGAUGUGCAAGGCAACUAUUUGAUAUCUUGCGGCUAUAGUGGUCGUCAAAAUAAUUUGGCAAUCGAUCGUUUCCUGAUGGUCUACGACCUGCGUAUGCUGAGACUCAUUUCACCCAUACAAGUCUUAAUUGAUCCACAAAUGUUAAAGUUUCUACCAUCGUUAACAUCACGUCUAGCCGUCGUCUCCAGCUACGGCCAAUUUCAGUUGGUUGACACUGUGGAGUUGAGUGAACCACGCGUCUCCAUGUAUCAGAUUAAUACGAAUGGCAGUCAGUGUCUGAGCUUCGACAUUAGCUCCUCGUCGCAGGCUUUGGCAUUUGGUGAUCAAUCUGGUCACAUAAAUACGAUUGCAUCGAUUCAAACGCCCCAACCACAGUUUAAUAACUUCUCGCGCAAUACCGAGUUUGCCGAUGUUGUGCCACAAUUGCCCAUGGUUCCCUUCACAGAUACCAAUUUCCCACUAUCUUCGGUAAUGUUACCUCAUCUCACGACGGGAACACGUUGGUUUUCUGAUUGGCCUGAAGAACUGUUACGCUAUGGUUACCAUCGACCAAAAACCAUUGAUGCCGAUGUACUUAAUAAUAUGAAAAUGCAGGGACCCAUUGGUUACUCCCCGAAUCCGAGAACUGCACUGCGUAAUCAAAUCCCAUACUGUCUGGUCGAGCAAGGACAAGGCGGCUCAUCCAAUCCAAACGCAAAUGGCAGUACGACUACUGCAAAGACGGAAAAUGGUGUUAAAAUCAUACCAAGAAGAUAUCGUAAGGUGGAGUUAAAGUAUACCAAAUUGGGCACCCAAGAUUUUGAUUUCGAGCAACACAAUCAGACUAUCUUUGCUGGGCUAGAGGCGACCUUGCCAAAUUCGUAUUGUAAUGCCAUGUUGCAGAUCCUCUAUUUUACGGACUCAUUACGAUUGAAGCUUUUCAACCAUUCAUGCUCAAAGGAGUUUUGCUUAUCCUGCGAAUUGGGCUUCCUGUUUCAUAUGUUGGACAAAAGCACUGCUUCUACGCCUUGUCAAGCCAGUAAUUUUCUGCGCUCAUUUCGCACAGUUCCCGAAGCGUCCGCUUUGGGAUUGAUUUUAACUGAUCGUUCGGCAAAUGUUAAUCUGAUUACCUUAAUUCAGAACUGGAAUCGUUUUAUAUUGCACCAAAUGCAUUAUGAAGUUAUGGACUCGGGUAAGAAUUCACCAUUGAACAGUUCUCAAAACACAUCAUUCGCAGGGGAUACUUCAUGCACAACAGAAAACACUACUACCACGGAUUUGUACGAUUCUAUUUCGGACGAUAACGCCAAGGAUGAGGAGCGUGAACGUUGUAAGAUAAAUGCAGAGACCGAAAUAAGUAAGAUAUUUGGAACCAAGCAGAUAUGCAUUAACCGAUGUCUUAAGUGUCAAGCAGAGAAAUCAAAAGAAAAUAUACUACUCGCUUGCAACUUGACGUAUCCUACGCAUAUUAAAGAUAGUGAACAGCAUUUUGACUUUGGAAGCAUUUUGAAAAGAUCCCUCAGCUCGGAGAAGAAUAUUCAAGCAUUUUGCGAGAACUGCAAAAAGUUUUCACCAACCAAUCAAAGCGUCAAGGUAACCUCACUACCACAAACACUGGCAAUCAACUGCGGCUUAAACAAUGAGAAGGAUAUCAGUUUUCUAAAGCGACAGCUCAAUCGUUGUAAUGACAGACCAACAGCAGAGACAGUCUCAUUGAGCACCAGCAAACCAUGUCGUUAUGGAGUUAAUUGCUCACGAAGCGAUUGCCAUUUUAUGCAUCCGGAUCGAAAAUCACCAUCACACACCAAUCAAUCAGCAAAUGUGAAUAAUUCACCAAGUGCUCGUCAGAAAUCUUGGUUUCCCUUAACCUUCAAAAUGGGACUCAGCGAGCCAGGUGAAUUAAUCGUGCAGUCUCCUUCUAACGCAUCGAAAUCGGAGCAAGAGGAAGAGGAUGAAGAACAGCAACAACAGGCAUUCGCUAAGAGCAGCAUUGAGCGAACGUAUGGAUUGCAUGCAGUUCUCUGUCAAAUUGACGAUGGCACGCAGAAGAAUUUGAUUUCGUUGAUUAAUGUGCAAUCGAAGUAUCAUGCAAUGAAAUCAAACUCUUCAGACACAUCUGAAGAUUCACAGAGCCAAUGGUACAUCUUUAAUGAUUUCAGUAUAUCCCCCGUGCCACCGCAAGAAUCAGUGUGGUUCACUUUGGACUGGAAAGUGCCAUGUGUUCUGUUUUAUCAGUGUCUAGAGGACGAUGUGGGAUCUAACCAAUGUGUUGAGGAACUUUCGUCAACGCUAAAGAGUUUAGAUUUGCCUAUUCGCCCAACUAAUCCGUUCUUACAAGACAUUCUCAACCCCAUGAUAAAAAACCUUAGCGCAGAUGCCACUUUUAAGCCAUUGCAAAGAAAUGAGUUGCCUCAAGCUGGUGAUUUAAUUGCAAUGGAUGCUGAAUUCGUCACUUUGAAUCCUGAGGAGAAUGAAAUACGCCCUGAUGGAAAAACAGCCACAAUUAAACCGUGUCACAUGAGUGUGGCUCGCAUAUCAUGCAUUCGUGGACAAGGACCCGAUGAAGGUGUUCCGUUCAUUGAUGAUUACAUCUCGACACAAGAAAAAGUUGUCGAUUAUCUAACACAAUUUUCAGGCAUUAAGCCAGGUGAUCUGGAUGCCAAUUUCAGUAAUAAACGAUUGACCGCCUUGAAAUAUUCUUAUCAGAAAUUAAAAUUUUUAGUUGAUGUCGGCGUCAUAUUUGUCGGUCAUGGCUUAAAAAAUGAUUUCAGGGUCAUCAAUAUUUAUGUACCGUCCGAACAAAUAAUCGAUACUGUGCAUCUGUUUCAUUUACCCCACCACCGUAUGGUCUCAUUACGUUUUCUCGCUUGGCACUUUUUGGGUACAAAAAUUCAAUCGGAAACACACGAUUCGAUUGAGGAUGCUCGCACAACUCUACAACUCUAUAAACAUUACCUUCAGCUGCAAGCGGAAAAGAAAUUUACGGUCGCAUUAAAGAAUCUUUACGAUCGUGGCAAACACUUGCAAUGGAAAGUGCCGGAGGACUAAGUACUCAUCAGUUGAAGAAUAGAUUGCGAAAUAAACGUUGAAUGAUACCGCGGCCAGCGAAAUGAAAGUUUUUAAUGUAGUUUGUAUCUGACGAAAAAAUUCCAUUUAUUUUGUACCUCAAUUCUUGUUGAGCCAAAAAUCUAAAAAUAAAAUCAAUCAAAUAUAUUUUCAUUAA